AUGGCUUUGAUUUUCGGACACAGCCAGGUGAAGUACAUGCACCAGUAUCUCAAAAGUGAGGACAUUAUAACAUUGUCAUACUCCGGUUUCACAACGGUAGAUCUGUGUGAAGAGGAGUCGAUUUUUGAAAUCGUGCCCUCCUGCAAGGUCGUGGUCAUCGUUGCGGGAGCGAACGACAUCGGACAUUCGUCUCCUGCUGAGAUCGUUCGCGAUUUCCAGCAGUUGUGCGAAAAGGUUCGCUCUGCUAACCCACGUGCGAGCAUCGUGCUUGUGGGGAUUUUGCCUAGAGGCGGGAACAUGUUUCCUGGAGGCUCGAUUCCGGCGAGCGUUCUGCAUGCAUUUAACCAGGAUGCGACCUCGGUGAACAGAAUGCUGGCCAGAGUGGCAGCCAAACUGCCAUGGCUGUACUUUCUGGAAGUGCCAGGCUUCUGUAGGGCACAUGGUAUCGUCCGGGAAAUGCUGAGUAGAGACGGGCUGCAUCUCAGCAUUAGGGGAACUGCAGCAGUUGUAUCGUGCGUGGAGCGAACAGUGAGGCAGCUUUUAGCCAGAGCUCCAGCGCCUCCUGCUGCAGCCAGAGCUCCAGCGCCUGCACCAGCUGCAGUUCCAGCGCCUGCCAGAGAUUCAGCGCCUGCCAGAACUUCAGCGCCUGCCAGAGAUUCAGCGCCUGCCAGAACUUCAGCGCCUGCCAGAACUUCAGCGCCUGCCAGAACUUCAGCGCAUACCAGAACUUCAGCGCCUGCCAGAGAUUCAGCGCCUGCCAGAACUUCAGCGCCUGCCAGAACUUCAGCGCCUGCCACUGCUCAAGCGCCUGCCAGAACUUCAGCGCCUGCCAGAACUUCAGCGCCUGCCAGAACUUCAGCGCAUGCCAGAACUUCAGCGCCUGCCAGAACUUCAGCGCCUGCCACUGCUCAAGCGCCUGUCACAGCCCGACUCUACAGCGACGUGGUCAGAGAAGGACCAUCUACAAGAACAUCGAUACCGACCCCCCAGGGAACACCGACGAGGACAACAAGAGGACAACACGGAACCACACCGACGAGGACUACAAGAGGGGGAAAAGGAAUCACAUCACCGACGCCGGCCACCAGAAUAUCACCAGCAACCACAACACCGACGAGGACAAUUAGAACCACCGCAUCGAAACCGGCCAUCACAGGAGAGCCUCGAACCACAAAGACGCUGAGUACAAGAGGGGGAAAAGGAACCGCAGCACCGACGCCGACACCUAGAAUAACAUCAGCAACCACAACACCGACGAUGACUACUAGAACAGAUCAACCGACUAGAACGCCGUUGACUGGAGGAGCAUCCCCACGUAUCACCAACAUCAUCAUCCGCAGGCGAUCACCACCAUCAUCAGCAUAA